GGGUCCAUGCAGUGAUUUCAGUCCAGAAUCAUGCCUGUUUUUAAUGCAGUGGCCUCUGAGGGCCCCUUCAGCCUUGUCCCUUGCUCACAGAGAUUUCUCAAUAUUCUCUGAAUCUUUUGUUUGUAUUACGGACUGUAGAUGGAGAGAGAUUCAAAGUUUUGCGGAACAUCUUUUCUGAAAUUGUUCCACAAUUUUUAGAUCCAGAUUUUCACAGAUUGGUGAACCUCUGCCCAUCUUUACUUCUGAGAAACUCUGCCUCUCUAAAAUGCUCCUUUUAUACCCAGUCAUGUUCCUGACCUGUUGAUAAUUAACCUAGCUAGUGUCAAAAUGCUGCUUCAGUUUUCCAUUAGAAACACUUACCUUUACAGCCUUUUGUUGCAUUGUCCCAACUUUUUUGAGAUGUGUUGCUGCCAUCAAAUUCAAAAUGAGCUCAUAUUUUCCUGAAAUGGUAAGAAAGUUGUUUAUGUAACCCAGCUUUUUUGGGAUUAGGGUUGUCAUAUUGAAAUUAAAUGUUCAUUAAGUCAGCUCCUUUUUGACUGUGACCAUGUACGAAAAAAAAAAACUAAAAAAAAAUUCUCCCUUGUUGUCAACAUGAUUUGAAACACAAAUCAUGUCCAUAAGAAAUCCUUGGUCACACCACUUCCUGUUCAUUUUUCUCAAAACUGAGGCCAAUAUUUUUACCUGCCAGACCAGUAGUUGUUAAUGAAACUGCGUGCAUGCUCUGCCUCCUUCUUUUAAGCAGCAGUGAGGUGUAGACAUCCAAAAACUGUUGACUAUAUAACUCAACACUGACCCCCACAAGUACUGGUGGUAUUGUAAUGUUUGGCCUGUAUUUGCAAGCUUCAAGAGAACGUGCACAAAUACGUACAAGAGCACGGACAGAAAGCACAGUCUGUAUCUGUAUGUCAUGCUAAAAUGAGCUUAUAACCUGUUUUAAUAUCCAGCCCUCUCCAGUGUAGAGUCGUUCACCUGCCUUUGCACUUUAGGUUUCAUUCUUACACCGUGUGUCUAAUGCUGACUUGCUUACGAGGGCUGGGAUAGGAAGGGUCAUCUGUCUGAUACGAGAAUGGCAGCUGCACUUUUGCGGGCACCUUGCGCGCUUGCCAGGGCCUCAUCCAGCUCACCACAUACUCGGUGCCCAUGACCCGGUGGGCUGGUCCAGGAUAUCUGGAGAGAUGGGGCGUGGUCCUGGAGCAGGCCUGGAUGAUGGUCAUCAGGAGGCCAGAGCAGUAAGGGACUGAGGUUGAUGUGGCAAAGUGCUGAAUCAGCAUUUGCUCCCAUCCCUGACCUGACCUGCCCAUAGUUUCUGGGGUGCUUAUUUGUAAAACUCCCCUAGAAUGUUGUGUCUGUGGAAUGAGUCUCUGUUACCAUGGAAACCACAAGUGCAUCUGUCAAACCACUGUUCAAUCUUCUGCAUGCGUCAACAACGAGACGACGAGGAAGAAGCAUGUUAGCAGAGACAGCUAAAGUCACUCUGAAGAGUGGAUUCACAACUGGAGCAUCCUGAGAACAAGACUGAAACUGGCAGCAUGAGCUCAGCUGAAGUGGAACAGCCUGGAAGGAAUCCUAGCAGCUCUCGCCAGGAGGAACAAACCCGACCUUCCACUGAUCCUGAAACAGGUUUUCCCUGUGACUUCUGUGGGGAGAGAACUUGUGAACAGCACCUCUGGAAGCAUCACGGGAGAAUCCAAGCUAGGAAGAAACCUCACUGCUGUAACUGGUGUGGGAAGUUGUUCCAUAGAUCCAGACAGCUGAUGCUUCACCAGCGGAUCCACAUGGAAGAAAGACCUUACUCCUGUGACCAGUGUGGCAAGAGCUUUACUCAGCCUAGUAUUUUGAACAGCCACAAGAGAGUUCACAUAGGAGAGAAGCCUUACUCCUGUGACCACUGUGGGAGGGCUUUUGCUUGGCCUUCUUCUUUGAAGCGUCACAAGAGAGUCCACACAGGAGAAAGGCCCUACACCUGUGAACGAUGUGGGAACACUUUCAGCCGAUCAAGCACCUUGACAGUUCACAUCAGGAUCCACACUGGAGAAAAUCCUUAUGGGUGUCAGGAGUGUGGGAAGUGGUUCCGACAGUCAAGUCACCUGAAGAGACACCAGCGUGUCCACACUAGUGAAAGUGCAACAACAGCACCCUGACUC